AAAAAAUAUAAGGUAUAUCCGGUUAUGACGUAAUAGAUGCUAAGAAUUGUGAAAACGAAAGCAAUAUAAUCGACAGAAAACUGAUAAGACCAAAAAAGACGCGCAGAUUGAAAGACAGCUGUAUUGAAUUCAUAUAACUACCACCAUGAACAAAAAACUUGUCGAUUUUGGAGUCGCUGUUGUGUUUUUGGUUGUCAUUUGUGUGACGUCUUGUUGGGGAGGUGACCCAGUAACAACUGAACUUCCAUCAACUAUGACAAACGAAAGAAUAACAACUGAAAACCCAGUGGCCAGUGUGGAUUGCACUGUGUAUACCAAUCAGACUGCCUGCUGUGAGGACACAGCAUGUGCCUGGAUUAAUUGUACAGUAGUCCAUGAAGGAUGUCACAACCUCAACAAUGAUACUGACAAACAACAGGCAGCCACAGCUUGUAAAAUCAACGUCACUGAUAUUGACAAGAAUAAUAUCUGUGAAUCACCACUAAAUACAACGACUGCUACAGUUCCAACCACCACUCCCACAACUACCACAACUAAUGCAACCACCACCACUCCAGUGGCCAGUGUGGAUUGCACUGUGUAUACCAAUCAGACUGCCUGCUGUGAGGACACAGCAUGUGCCUGGAUUAAUUGUACAGUAGGCACAGAAAUCCAUGAAAGUUGUCACAACCUCAACAAUAGUACUGACAAAAAACAUGCAGCCGAAGAUUGUAAAAUCGCCAUCACUGAAAUUGGCAAGAAGGAUAUCUGUAAAAAUCCUGUUACCUCAACCACAGUAGUACCGACUUCUACUUCCUCCAAGUCCACUAGCUCAACCACCAUUAAGCCAUCCUCAUCCUCCCAGCAGACGACAACAACCGCCAAGGGUACCACAGUACCACCACAUGGACAGCACUUUGAUGGCGCCUCCUUUGUGGGUGGAAUGAUUUUGAUGGGUGGCCUCAUCGCCAUUGCCUAUUUCGCACUCAAGUUCUACAGGGUUCGUAAAGACCGCAGUUACCGCACCCUUUAAAUACUGGCCAGCUACACACCUCGUCAAGUUCCUCGGCAUCUCUUUUAUCUGAGGAACGUGGAUCUUCGGAAAAAAAAUUGUUCUAAAACUGUUUUAGGAAAGGUUGCGGAUAGAUCCUGGUGCUUUGAAUGAGAGAAUUCAAUUGCCUUGCCAAAAUACAAGUCAGAAAUAUUAAGUGUCGUUUUGAUACCUGAGAGCAUCUAUUUUUUUAGGGAACUUGCUUAGUGUUACUCUAUAUUUUUUAUGAUACAAUUACUUGCAAAUUAGUAUAUUCUUUCUGUAUUUUUUAUGGAAAGAGUGUCAUUGUAUCAUUUUGUUUGAGAUGUUUAAAAGAGUCUACUUUCACAUCCUUCUUCUUCGUUACUUUACUUUUCGGUAACAUUUUAAUAUUUUAAUUCUUUAAAUUGAAAGAUCUGAGCAAUCUUACACUACUUAGCUUGUACAAGUAAACUUUUACAGUAAGAUAUCAUGAGUUAAACAAGAAAUGUUUCUGGUGUUUAAUGUUCAGUUUUGUGUUUGUGUGAAUUAUGUGUAGAAUGCAUAUAUAUAUGUGAUCUGAUUGGUCAAUACGUGAAUUGGUCUGAGAUCUGAUUGGUUUAUAAAAGCAUUUGUCAAGAGAUCUGAUAGGUAUUCAAAUCUAAAAUUCAAAUCUUAUUGGUUUAUGUUGUAUUUAAUCUGACAGGUUUGUAAGUAACAGCUGAUUUGAUUGGUUGAUUUGUAUUUGACACAAAAGGAAAUUCAACAGUUUACCAUUAGUAUACCAUGAAAAUAUGCCAGACAUCUUUCUAUGUAAGAAAAGAAAAUGUUUUGUCUUUUUUUUUUCUCCCCCCCCCCCCUUUCCAUCUCCCAAUUACACCCCAACAUAUUGUUUAGAUUUUUGUAAAGAUGGGGGGCAAAUCUGUAAAAAGUGUCCUCAUGUAUAUUCAGCUAGACAUUGUACUUAAUGAAGUGGUGGUGACAUAUAAUUUGAAGUGAUACUCUCAUCAAGUUGAUGUGCACUGUGCAGUAUUUGGACUAUAGUGUGAGAUUUUGUAGUGACAUGUUAAUGUAUAUCAGUUUUUAAUCGUAGAACGUGCAUUUAAUAGGACUUGUGAUAAGUGAACACAUUCCGUAUAACCUUGCUUUGCUCCACUGACUUAUAACUACAUGCUUUCCCUGUCUGUAUCAAAAAUAUCCUCGCUAGACAUCCAUGUUUUCAGUCCUCAAAAAUGUAAGUAAGAACAAAAAACGUUUACACGUUCUACUCAGAUUUUUUUUUUUUUUUUUUACCUUUCAUCUACUAAGUCUAGUAUAGGCUCAUAAUGCAGUCAGUUUUUAAGCUGUAAUCAGAUUUUCUGUAUUUGUAUGAGCUAUUAACAGGUUGUGAAAUCGUGUACUCUGUGCCUGUGAAUUGUUCAAACAGGAAGCAAAGGUUCCUGAUGUAAAAUAUAUAUGCUAGGAUUAAAGUGCUAUGGGUUUAUUAGUCUAGUGCCUGCGUUUAAAGGUCUAUAUGUACAGAUAAUCAUUUUAACAGUUAUAUUUAGAUGUAUAUAUAUUCAGAUCUCUCCUCUGGUAUUGGAACAUUUUCAAUUCAUAUGAAAGUAUUUAAAAGUUGUACAAAUUAAGGAGGUACACUACAUCGUCUAAAUGGCUGAUUCCCUUUUUAAACAUGAAUGGAAAUAUUAAAUUAUCAUCAAUAUUUGUAUAUUUCUUUUAAUUGCCCAGCUGGAUAGGUCAGUAAAUUAUUGUGUCAACUGCUGAUCCGUAGUUUGCAGGUUCGAGUCUAGAAGGGGUUUUCAAAAAAAAAAAUUCAUAUUACUUUCUACUAAAACUGCAUUUUUUGACUAAAUGAUGUAAAUUUGAAAGUUUAUAAUUUCAAAAUAUUGUACAUAUCCAGCAUUUUUCAUCCAUAUCAAAUUCCCCUGGUGUUAUCCCUCCUUAAUUUUCCCUUGUAUAAAUAACUCUCCUUAAUGCCAUAUUUUUUUGUUCUUGUUUGAAUGUAUUGCUUCUGGAAUAUAUUUUAAAAAAGAAGAAGAAAAAAGAGAUGCAUUUAUUAUUAUCUGGUGGGAGAAUAAUGAGUAUGACCUUGACUAGUCCUCACUAGAUUUACUGCCAUGAUCAGUGUGUGAUAAGUGGGCUUUUGAAAUAGGAAAUGGUGGGUGUUGGUUACAUCAAAUUAGAUUAGAACCUAGUUAAUCGUUUAACCAUAUACCAUUCACUAUUCACUGGUAAACAUUUAAUAUUUGGUGCGAUAUUUAAAUACUAUUAUGUCAUUUGAUUUAAAGUUAUGAAUUGUAAGAUUAAGGUGACGUAACGAUGAGAAUGGUUGAAGAAGUGGUUGUAUUAGAUGAAACAUUGGCAGUUGUGUCGCACUUCAAUCCUUGAACCUGAUUUGCUACUUUUGAACCGGCUCUACUACUUUUGAACCGGAUCCACUACUUUCGGAUCCACUGCUAUUGCCCUCAAGCAGUAAACAAAUUUAGUUCUCUUUUCCCACAACAAUGAAAGAAAUUUAGCAAAAAUUGGAUACUGUCAGUACGAACUUGUAAAUUCCGGAAUGAUAUGCAUUUUUCCUACCCACGUGAUGCUCAAGUUGGGUUGGGCUGUGUGAUCUCAUGCGUGUCCUGCUGUUAACCUCGUGCAGACAAGCGGGCACUACCACGUGAUUCUGGUGAUGUCUCUGUGCUAUCAUUAUUACUAUAAUCUCAAUUCGUCUUUCGUAUUGGUCAGGGGUACAACAUUAACAGUUUAUCGUCAGAUUCAAAUGAGGUUAUAAUGAUGUUAUUUUUUGGUUGAUAAAAAACAAAACAGAAGUGUGAUGUCAUGUUUUAGAAUUGUAUUGUAGGGAGACAUUGUCACAGUUUGCAUAUUAAUGUGCUUGAUUGAAGCGGUUAUUUUGUUCUUCAAAUGCUCUUUCAUUGUGAAUAAUAUAUUUUGAUAUUGUAUGUUUCCAUAAUUUGGUGUUACUGAUUGCCAUGUAUCCGCGCAGUCAAGCAGACUGUCACUUUUCAAAACGUUUUGUUAGCUUUGUUAGAUCCUUAUAUUAAGUAUUUAAAAACAAAUGUUAUAACUUAGGUGAAACAUCCCCGACAAACGCAACAAUUUCCGAUAUUCUGUAGAUUCCUUCAUUUUAAUUAGUGAGAAAUUUAAUUGUGCGUAAUAUUUGGCGAGUUUAUUAUAUAGAUCUGUCUUGGUAUUACUUAGAAAUAGACAACAAAAUAUGACAAGGAAUCUACCCAAUAUUCUUUUUUCAAUUUUGAUUUUAAUUUUUAUUUUUUUUAGUGUUUUCUCUUUUCUGCUCCCCCCCUCCCCAAGCCCUUUCUCAAAAGUAAAAUUUAUCGCUAUUGUAUUUUUUCUCCAGAAAAUUUCAAUUUUUAUUUCAAAGCACGUUUUCCAGAAUGAUUUUUCGAAUUUAGUGCACACGUUUGAUAAAGUUAUUUGCCUAGUAAAUUUCUUCAUUUUAAGUGGGUUUUUUUCACCUAAUUAUCCACAGCUCAGAGAUGGAGGGAGGUAUACUAAAGGGAAACCUGGGUGGGGUUUUUUUUUUUUGGAGGGGGGUGUUCAUUUUAUUGUUGUUUGACUUCCGGGAUGUUUUACCUUAAAUAGUUGGUGACUGGGAGCACAUAAGUACAAUUUGAUGGUAAUCUUUAUUUUAUUAUUUUUUUGGAUGAAUUCCCAUAACAGCAAAUAUGAUAGGACAGUAGAAUAUAAUUACCUAAUAUUGUAAGUAAGAAUGACUUUUUGGUUUGGUAUUGUUAUCCAAAGUGUGUUUGUUGAAAUUCAGAUGUUGAUAUGAGAACAUUUAGCGACAGGUUCCUGUGGCAGUAAAUAAUCAGCAGUGUGUGUUACUGAUAAGAAAACAUUUGUCCUUAUGCAUUGAUUCCAAGUUCAUUUCAUUAAACGUUUGUUACGAGACAAA